GAGCGAGAGAAAGAGAGCUUGGUGGAGCCGCCGCGCCAGCGCAGGGAGGCACGGAGACGCAGCAGAGCAUCAGGGCGUCUUCAUCUGGAAAAAUACAUAAAAAAAAAAAAAACAGCGACAUACUGGUGGGAAACAGCCAGGGGAGAUAUUACUUUACUGCACAGACAUAAAAUGAAAGGGUUACCUGGCUGUAUAUUGGAUUUGGAGUCUUGUAUUUCAUCGCUGCGACUUUGACACAAGAGCUGCGCAGACAGAGUCUCUAGGAGUUGUCUGUUGGAGGAAUUUCAGGCACCACGGAUCAAACUUGAGUUGGACAUCCAGGAACCAGUCAGGGAGUAAGCUAAAGUACCUACCUACUACUCUCACUGGAAAAUAAGACGCUAAAGCACCACUAUCACCAUGGAUGAGGAACAGUGCUACUACAAUGAGACCAUCGCCUUCUUCUACAACCGCAGUGGCAAGUCCCUUGCUACCGACUGGAACACUGUAAGCAGGUUGGUGAUGGGCUUGGGCAUCACCGUGUGCAUCUUCAUCAUGCUCGCCAACCUUCUGGUGAUGAUCGCCAUCUACGUCAACAGGAGAUUCCACUUCCCCAUCUACUACCUGAUGGCCAACCUGGCAGCUGCUGACUUCUUUGCUGGACUGGCCUACUUCUACUUGAUGUUCAACACAGGACCAAACACGAGGCGUCUGACUGUUUCGACGUGGCUGCUACGCCAAGGCCUGAUCGAUACCAGCCUGACAGCGUCUGUGGCCAACCUGCUUGCCAUUGCUAUCGAGCGCCACAUCACCGUGUUCCGCAUGCAGCUACACACACGUAUGAGCAACCGACGUGUGGUAGUGGUGAUCGUCAUCAUCUGGACCAUGUCCAUAGUCAUGGGGGCCAUCCCCAGUGUGGGUUGGAACUGUAUCUGUAGUAUUACGUCUUGCUCCAACAUGGCACCAUUGUACAGCAACUCCUACCUGGUCUUCUGGGCAGUGUUUAACCUGGUGACUUUUGUUGUCAUGGUGACGCUGUAUGCCCACAUCUUUGUGUAUGUGCGGCAGAGGACCAUGAGGAUGUCACGGCACAGCUCUGGACCUCGACGCAACCGAGAUACCAUGAUGUCUCUGCUGAAAACCGUGGUGAUUGUGUUGGGUGCGUUCAUUGUCUGCUGGACACCCGGCCUGGUCAUCCUCCUCCUUGACGUGUUCUGUGCCAACUGCAACGUCCUCACUUACGAAAAGUUCUUCCUGCUUCUCGCCGAGUUCAACUCAGCCAUGAAUCCCAUCAUCUACUCCUACCGUGACAAGGAGAUGAGCGCCACCUUCAGGCAGAUCCUGUGCUGCCAGCGGCAGGAGAACGUCAACGGAACAGCGGCAGAGGGAUCUGACCGGUCGGCGUCAUCCAUCAACCACACGGUGCUCAGCGGUGGUGGUAUGCACCACCACCACCACCACCACCACAAUGAACAUUCAGUAGUAUAAAGGAGGGCUGGAUAUCAUGGAGAUUGAUCUAACUGCUUGAAAGGGUUAAUCUAUUUUGGAAAUAGUGACUGAUAAAGGGGAAACGGCGAUAUGGAAGGGUCAAGAGGGACUGCGAACAUGAUAUGAACAAAGGGCAGUAACAUGAUAAAUGGGAGAAUGAAGAUUAGGUAGAUGAAGUGGAUCUGAUGAUGAGUUGGAUGAGAUCACAAAGAAGAAGAGAAUGGCAACUAUGAAGAUAGAUGAACAGACUUAAUCUCUGUGUGGGGAAAGAACACAGGAAUAGUCUGAUCUUCAAGGACUCUGAUAGGCUGUUAGUAUUUUUGUUUAGUUGUUUAUUAUUUUCUGGUUGUGUUAAAUGUGUUGUUAUGGGCAAUGCUGAUAUGAACUAUUUAAAAGAAAUCUGUGAAAUGAAGGUAAUGCCAGUAUAACCCAUCCUCUUUCUCCAGUCUUCUCUAACUUUGUAUCCUGUAAUCAAGGGCGUUAUCAUGGGUUACUUCGAUCUAAGCACUAAUUCAUUUUAGUUGCAACAUUUUGGAUCAGAACACAGAUUUAGAACACUAUGGUUUUUUUUUUUUCAUUUAUGUUUAGGAAAAAAGACUUCAAAUCUGUGGAAAUUCAAUCCAACACAUGCCAUUUUGUAUUUAUGACAUGUAACUGAAUGUUAAUACAAGAUAUCUCUAGCAGCUUUAACUUUAACUUUAAAAUGACCUUGUGGAGACUCAAGGUCAGUUUUCUUGAUACUGUUUGGACCUUUUUCAAAGUUUAAAAAUCUUCAUACUGUAGACGCCAAAGUGACAAAUUAAUUAAUUGUCCUACCAAUUGACAUGUCUGACAUGUUUAGCAACUUACCAAAAAUACUGCAGAACUGGUCUACCCAGUAUUUAAGUAACCAGCUCCACUAUCUUUUUCCGCAUUAGAUUCGUCACUCAUCUUUUAAUGAUGAAUGACAUUACAAACUAAAUACUAUGGGGACUCAUUGUUCUACUGACUAUACUCUCCUACUAAAAAGCCCCUUUGUGAAUCCACCCCGUCAGUCUCCUUUUAAAUACACAAGGGGUCCAAGAUCUGCAAGAAUUCCUGAGUUGUUUAUUCUCUCUAAGGAAUUUAAAGUCAAGUUGUUCCAGGGAUCUUACCAAAAGGAGGAGGAGGAUGUUUGGAGCUUUAGAGCAGGCUCUGUGCCACAGUGUUAUGUGGAGACAAGGUGAAGGUCAUAUCUGGUAAGUGUUAACAGACUCCAGAUUAUUACAUGAAAUUUGCUGAGUCGUCUGCCCUGUUUAUAAAAUGUCUUUGUGUCCAUGAGGCUGACAGAGAAGGAUGGAAUGUGAAACAAUAUUCAGUCUUUCCUUGAACUUGCCCCCUGGUGGUUCUGAAACUGAAAAUUACCGUAAACUACGUAAAAUUAGAAUUCUGAAAAAAUAGAACCAGUCUAUCUUUAUAACAUUGUUAGAGGUGGCAAAGUGGGCCAUUAUGUCUUUUCAGCAUGAACAUGAAGACAAAAUGGAUAUCAGUGAAUGCCUUGCUGAAAUUGGAGUUUACAAAGUCCAUUUAGCCACAAAUGAUAUAGCAGCUGAUUAGAACAAUUCAGGCUGCAAACAAUGACCUACUCAAUUUAGCGCCAGCUGCCAGAACUGAUGAUGUGGAUGCAUCUAUGUCACUAUAUGAAUUUAAACCCAGUGGGCAGAGCCAAAGAAAAGACUAGAAUGGCUUGAUUGAAUGCAGUUUGCAAUUGACCAAAUCCACUCAUCACUUACAUCAAGUUUUAUGGCAGUUUGGGGGAAAAUUCUCAUUUUAGAAUAUGCUCAAUUACUGUUCUUUUAGGAAUUUAUGAACUACAGCACCAGAGUCUAAUAGGUGUGCGUGGUUUCAACAAACAACUUAAGGACUGUACUGAAAAAUAUCUUUCCUAUUAACCAGAAAACGAAUGACAUGCACACAUUUUUGUUCUGACUAUUAUUAUCUUAUUGGUGAUAUGAUCAUCCAGAUUAUAUUAUGUUUUGUUUAUGUCACCAUAUUAGAUGGUUAGGGUUAUGAUAAUGAUGAUGUUUACCGUAAAAUCUCUAUGAAAUGUUUACCAUACCACAACAUUGAGCAUUUUUGGUAGUCAAUUGUUAUUCCUAGCGUCUACUGACAACAAUGAUGUCGUACAGUUAAUUCUUAUGAUAAUACUCAAAGCCUUUAGGGUUUUUUUCUUACCAAACAGAAUUAGUGAGAGGUGAGCCAGAGUUAAGCCAAUGCAGUGCUGAAUGGUGUUAUAAUAUUUCCACAAGUGCACUCCCUGACUUCUGCCAUUAACUUGUGAUUCUGUGCCAGCUGAAAACCAGCAUGGUGACGUGCAUUGUUAACAAUUGCCAGCUGAACGUUUAGUCGUGACUUGAAUCAAAACACUUUCUUGGCCAGAAUACAUAGACAAACUUCCCAACAGCUGACAGCAAAGUGAAAAUCAAAGCCAAAAAUACAGGCAAAUGUUUUCCAGGAAGCGAGCUGUUUGUCAGGGAUUUAAACUGCAGUGCUAGCAUGAAGUCAGCUGGUAUUCUUAACUGUCAAAGUUGCCCAAACUUAAGUUAAGUUAAGUUAAGUUAAGGCAGCAAUUUUUUUCAAAAAUUUUGUGUGUUUUCUUACGUUUAUCCUUUGCGUUGGCCCACCUUUCACUUCUGUUAACUUCACAAGAGGGCUCAUAAUAGUAUUGGCAGCAGGAGUGCCACUGAUUGUUCAUUGACCAAAAUUUGUCAAUCUGCGACUUGGGACCCAACCCUCCAUAUUUGAGAUUCACUGUAAACGUUUUUUCUAACAAAGUAUUGAUUCAGGUUAUAUAGCAAACCAACUAAACUUUCUGUCUUUGUAUGUCUUUGUUUACCAUUGAGUCAUUCUUUGAUUACCAUUGUAAGUAUAUGUGUACAGUAUGUAUGUAUAUAAAAUAUAUUAUUCAAAGUUAAUCACCAAAGGGAAAGUGUUUUUGUGCCUGUAAAUUUAACUGUGUUAUACUCUGUCCAAAUGUACUGUAGGGUUUUGUUUAUGGAUUUUAUGUCAUGAGCUCUUUGUAUUGUGACCCUAAUUAAUGAACUUCUUGUAGACACAAUUACAGUUAUUAACUUGUUUGAGACCCAGAACUAGAUAUGUAUGUGUGCAGUGCCUUCCAGUUCUCCUCCUUAAAGGUUAACUUGACACCAGGCAGAAAAGUGGUGAUUUACUGCCCUCUCUGGUUGAAAGUUUUAGGCCUAUUCCACCUCUGUCCACACCCAGCAGUUAUGUCAUAGCGUCCUGUAAUACACUUGUACAUAACUGCAUCAAGGUGAGAAGUUUAAUCACUGGAGGUCAGUAAAGCCACGAUUUUCAGGUGGUGUUAAGUUACUCUUGAAGUUUGUGUGUUGCUAAUACUGUUGUGUUACAUUUUCCUUGAAGUAGAACAAAAAAUGAAUGUCAGUGUUGGAGUGAUAUUUCACUUUUUGUAGAAAGUUUUCAACAGAAAGCAUGAUUUUUUUGAAUAAUAAAAGAUACAGAACACGGCCUCAAAAAAUGUCAAACGAGUACAAACACAGUAGUAAUAUAUAUUAAGGUUCAAAACAGCUUCAAAUCCACAGAUGUGGGGACAAAAAUUGAGACGUAAUUGGUGAUCUUUUUUAAUUUUUUUUUUUUUUUCAGCAAGGAGACAUAAGUUUGGAGUCAACACAAAACAAAUUCCUUUUUAAGGGCAACACACACUGGUGGCGUGUGACACACGUCAAAACACCCACACCCAGUGUUUUAUAUGUAAAUCCACACAGUCUGCUGGCAGUGUCUUGACGUGCACCAAUUAGUGAUGGUCUUCAGAAAUGCAAAAGUUUUAUUAUAUUUAAUCCCAGAUUGUCAUCUGAUGUUUGCUGCAGGCUUCAAGUCAUGCAGUGCUACAUGACACAGCUGGUAUGUGUUGCACUUUCGUCAUGUCAAGUCACAUCACGUUAUGCUAUACCAAACAUUACUGUUGAUCCUAAAGAGUAUACACAAAUCAGAAAGAUUUUGUUUUUCCAUGGCGAAACAUUGCUUUAAAAGUUCAACCCCCAAUUUAAUAAAGUGUGUACCAGUAGUUUUUAGAAAGUAAUUCUGAAACAUACUAUCUAUACUGUAGGGGUCAAUAUCAAUGAAUGUCCACCCAGAGUCAUAGUGUUGAUAUCCCAGCAACAAUAAAGACAUGAGAAAAGUCUGAAUUGUUGUGUUUUUAAUUUGAAAUUUGGUUUUGUUGAAAUGAAAGCAGCUAAAAUGGUCUCAAAGAUACUUAAA